UUCACCCAAAAAACAAACCCAAUUGAACAACCAUGUAUAUCUGCAUCUCUGCAAUACUUUCAUGGAUUCCCUGUCCUUUUAUGAAAAUACCCGUUUCUCUUUAUUGUUGAUUUCUGCACUUUUGGUUCUGGGAAUCCGGUCAUUCAUAGUCAUGGAGGAGCAGCAGGAGCAACAACAGAAGAAGCCAGAAUUUGGCCGGCAGAUGAGUGAGGUAACGAGGAAUGUUUUGUUCGGAAAGUAUGAGAUGGGGAGGUUAUUAGGGCAAGGCACCUUUGCCAAGGUUUACUACGGUAAGCAACUCAAAACCGGGGAUAGCGUCGCCAUUAAAGUACUCAAUAAAGAUCAGGUGAAGAAAGAAGGUCUAAUGGAGCAGAUCAAGCGUGAGAUCUCUGUUAUGGGUCUUGUUCGGCACCCAAAUGUUGUGGAGCUCAGAGAAGUUAUGGCCACCAAAGGUAAGAUAUUCUGCAUCAUGGAAUACGUUAGAGGCGGAGAGCUCUUCGCGAAAGUUGCCAAAGGUAAGGUUAAAGAAGAUAUCGCUCGGAAGUACUUUCAGCAAUUGAUCAGUGCUAUCGAUUACUGCCAUAGCAGAGGUGUCUCUCACCGCGAUCUUAAGCCAGAGAAUCUUCUCCUCGACGAGAACGAGAAUCUCAAGGUCUCUGAUUUUGGGCUUUCUUCGUUACCAGAGCAGCUCCGUCACGAUGGUAUGCUUCACACGCAGUGUGGAACCCCUGCUUAUGUUGCUCCAGAGGUCUUGAGGAAGAGAGGUUACGAUGGACCCAAAGCUGAUAUAUGGUCUUGUGGAGUCAUUCUCUAUGUCCUCCUCGCCGGAUUCCUUCCUUUCCAGGACGAAAAUAUAAUGAAGAUGUAUCGAAAGGUGUUCAGAGCAGAGUACGAGUUCCCUCCAUGGUUCUCCACUGAGACCAAGCGGUUGAUCUCAAAGCUCCUGGUGGCAGAUCCAGACAAGCGAAUCACGAUUCCGGAGAUAAUGCAAACUCCUUGGUUCAAGAAAGGCUUCACCCGUCCGAUCCCGUUCUCUGAUGAAGAACAGUCGCCCGAGAAGUCGCCUCCGUCGGCGGCGGUGGCGGAGGCGGUGGCGGUGGCGGAAGAGGGGGCGAUUAUGAAGCCUCCCCCAAAGCCUUCUCCGAAAUUCUUCAAUGCUUUCGAGUUUAUAUCGUCAAUGGCAUCUGGGUUUGAUCUGUCGAGCUUGUUUGAGAAUAAUAGGAAAGCAGGGUCGAUGUUUACGUCCAAGUCCUCGGCGUCGGCGAUCAUGGCGAAGCUGGAAUCGGUGGUGAAAGGGUUAAAGUUUCGGAUAAUGAAGGUGAAGGAUUUCAAGAUGAAGAUGCAAGGUGUGGAGGCAGGGCGUAAAGGGAAGCUGUCGGUGACGGCGGAGGUGUUCGAGGUGGCACCUGGUGUGGCCGUUGUUGAGUUCUCAAAGGCCGCCGGAGACUCGCUUGAGUAUGCCAAAUUCUGUCAGGAAGAUGUUAGGCCUGCACUCAAAGACAUUGUUUGGAGCUGGCAAGGUGAUAACUACGACUACAACAGCAAGGAUCAACCACAGUUGCAAUUACUGCAGCAGGAGAUCAACUAAACAAUAAUCAAACCCUAAAAAUCUUUAAGCCCCAAGUCUAAUUAGGGUUCUCAAAUUUUCCCU